GUCAAAAGGUUAAAGGUAACACACUGUUUGAUUUACUAAUAGUCUUUUAUUCUGUAUGUUGUAGCUCUUACGGUGUGUUCACAUACACGGCUGUUUAAUAAAAGGAUUGUGAACCAUCAGUUUGAGAGACCAUCUUUUCAACCGGGGAUGCUACAGUAAGAGCUUGACCCCAGCUGAGAAGAGCUCCAUCCCACGCUCAGCAUCGAGGUCCCAGUUCCACAGCUCCACACAAAGUCUUCUGGGAUCUGAUGGUCAACUAAAUUGCCCCGUCCUCAGCAUGGAAGCAUCUGAAGAAGAGACAGAGUUUGCGGAGGAUCCCAAGGCCAAUGAGGAAGAGGAGCCUCCACACUCUGUUCGUCGAAGGAGGCCUACUGAAAAAAUGCAAGCGUAUAAGGAGGAGGAGGCCCACAAGAAAGAAAAACGGCUUCUCAAAGUUUAUGAUGAAUGGAAAAAACAAGUACGUAAAACACGAGAGCAAUUAAAAGGAGACUUAACAAACAAUCAAACUGCUUCACUCAUGGACAUGUUAGAGAAUGAAAAGGAGAAUGUCAUAAAGUUGUAUAUGGAAAUUAGAGAAAACAUUACUCCCUCGAGUGGCACAAGGCGACUCAUAGACGCAUGUGAAGCAGUCACCAGAGACAUUAUCAAGAUUGCUCAUGAAAGACUCUCAGGCAUAGAUGACUAUGAUAGGGACAAGGUAAAGAUACGUCUCCGUGAGCUUCUUGAGCCAGACUAUGCUCAGUCCAUUUACAGUUCCUCAGUCACGCACUCAAGUAAAAACUCUUCUGCCAGUAAGUCAUACUCUGCAAUGUCAGUAGUAGCUGUUAAAAGAGCAGAGGCUGCAGCAGAGUUAGCAGCCAAAGAAGCAGAGUAUGAGAUGUUAUUAGAGGAGGAAAAACAAAAGGAAAAGAUUCAGCUUUUAGAAGAAAGGCAAAGAAAGGAGCUCGAAUCUCAAAGGCGUGAGCUAGAGAAACUGAAGGCUGAAAAGGAGUUAAAGGCUGCACGAGCUAGACUAAGGACCUAUGACACUGAGAUAAAGAGUGAAAUCAGUGCCUCUGAUGUUGACUAUAGAAACACUGCUCAGAAAGCCCCCACAGUUUCUAAUCUCAGUAAAGUCCCUGACAACAAUGUAGUGUCUGCCUCACUUCCACAAACAGAUGUCCUCUACUUAGCACAAGCAGUACUGGAUAGUGUUGCAUUGAACAGACUGCCAGUGCCAGAGCCCUCCACGUUCACAGGUGACCCAAUACAAUUCAUAGAGUGGAAAGCUUCCUUUACUGCUCUCAUUGAUAAAAGGAACAUCUCAACUGCUGACAAACUGCACUACUUAAAGAAAUACACAGGAGGUCCAGUUCGACAAACGCUUGAUGGCAUCUUCUAUAGAAACGACAGUGAAGCAUACAGAGAUGCAUGGGAGCGUCUCAACCACAGGUAUGGACAUCCAUUUGUGGUACAGAGGGCUUUCAGAGAAAGACUGGCAAAAUGGCCAAAGAUCCAAACAAAUGACUCCACAGGAUUCAGGGCAUUUGCUGAUUUCAUUCAAACAUGUCACGAGGCCAUGCCCCACAUUGAAGGCUUAAGCAUUCUCAACGAUUGUGAGGAGAACCAAAAACUCGUUCAAAAGUUACCAAACUGGGCGGCUGCAAGUUGGAAUCGUCAGGCCACUCAGUUUAUGAAAGAAAGUGGGAAGUUUCCAGGUUUAAAGGACUUUGCCAAGUUCAUGUCUUCUGAAGCAGAGAUCAUGUGCAACCCGAUUACAUCAUUUCAGGCUCUCCACUCUGUAAACUUCACCACAGACACUGGUAAGGGCUGCCAAAAAGACAAAAGGCCCACCUCUAGUGUUCUCCAUACCCAGGCGAUAACUGAGACUGAAAAUAAAGGUCCAAAUGUUAAGGCCCCAUGCAUGUUCUGUCAAAACAACGGACAUAAACUUCACAGUUGUCCACAGUUCAAUGGAAUAUUGCUUGAGGAACGAAGGAAAUAUAUAAAGGAGAAAAAACUCUGUUAUGGUUGUCUUAAACCCGGACACAGCGCAAAGAACUGUAAUUACAGACUUGUAUGUGAAGUGUGUAAGAAAAAACAUCCUACCUGUCUGCACGACUUCAACUAUAACAAUGAUAAAUCAGCCUCAAACCAGCCACAAACUCAGAUCAGCACAGAACAGGCUGCAACCACCCUGUCUCUGAAUGCAGAAGCCAGUGAACAGUGCGUGAGCACCUCCAUGAUUCUACCAGUAUGGGUUUCUUCAGAGCAACAUCCAGAUACAGAAAGGCUUGUUUAUGCCCUCCUAGACACGCAAAGUGACACCGUGUUCAUUGACCAAGAUGUGUCUAAUAACCUCCAAGCUAAGGCUACCCCAAUAAGGUUGAAGCUCACUACACUGCUUGGUAAGGAUGUUGUUGUGCCAAGCGAACGCAUCUCAGGUCUCAAGGUAAGAGGCUAUAACUCCUCAGAAAUGAUUGAACUCCCUCCCGCUUACACUAAAGAAUGUAUACCAGUUAGCCGCUCUCACAUUCCUACCUGUGAAACGGCAAGGCGGUGGAAUCAUCUCAAGGAAAUAAGGAACGAGAUUCCUCCACAGCUAGAAUGUGAAGUCGGCCUUUUAAUUGGCUACAGUUGCUCUAAGGCAUUAGCUCCAAAGCAGGUAAUCUUAGGAGGCGAGAACGAACCCUAUGCAGUUCGCACAGCAUUGGGCUGGAGUAUUGUAGGCCCGACAUCAUCUUAUGGUGACUCUUCUAGCAUGUCUACUGUGUGUCACAGAGUUGCAGUUAAAGAGCUUCCCCUAGUGACUCCAGCUGAUGUAAUCAAGGUCCUUGAGUCUGACUUUAAGGAUAACGACAAGGAUAACAAGUCAGUGUCUCAAGAUGACAUUCUCUUUCUCAACAUGUUAAAGGAAGGCAUUUACAAAAACACUGAAGGACAUUAUGAAAUGCCACAGCUUCUAUGGGAAAAGGAAAUACCUCCACCUGCAGACAUCGACAUGAACAUACCACUUGGAGACCCAGAGGUUAAGAAGGUACAGGCACUGAACACGCUCAAAACAGAGAAAAAAGGUUUAUCAGACAAGUUAACAAAGUUUUCCUCAUGGUACAAAGCCACCCAAGCCAUAGCUCGACUCAUUCGCUGUGCCAAGGGAGACAAAACAACAGGCCACAGUACAGUACAAGAAAGACAAAAUGCACAAUGUGUUAUUCUAAGAGACACACAAGCAAGUGAAUAUGCAGAGGAGAUAAGGUUGCUAAAGAACGGGAAACCACUUCCACACAAAAGUAAACUGUUUCAAAUGGACACUUUUCUUGAUACUGAUGGACUCCUUAAGGUGGGAGGAAGACUUAAAGAUGCUUCAUUCUCCUCCAUACUGAAACACCCAGUGAUAGUUCCAAAAGGUCACCAUGUCACUCAACUAAUAAUAGAUCAUUUCCACAGUAAGGUGCAGCACCAAGGGAAAGGUUUUACAAUCAAUGAGAUCAGAGUGAAUGGAUUUUGGAUUCCAGGCAUCAACAAGGCCGUAGCAAAUUUUAUACACCACUGUGUGAAGUGUCGCAGACUCAGAAGAGGCACAGAGGAACAAAAGAUGUCUGAUCUCCCAACGCAGCGCUUAGAUCCAUCUCCACCCUUUACAUUCUGUGGAAUGGACUGUUUUGGUCCUUUUCUAACCAAACAAGCUCGCAAAGAGCACAAGCGUUAUGGACUUCUUUUUACAUGCCUUUGCUGCAGAGCAGUGCACAUAGAAAUGUUGGACAACAUGACUACAGACGCCUUUAUCAAUGCGCUCCGCUGUUUUAUAGCCAUAAGAGGAGCAGUCAGUGAGAUUAGAUGCGAUCAAGGAAGCAACUUUGUCGGAGCCAAAAAUGA